UUAAAUAUUUUUUUCAUAAAAAAUAAUCUAUUCAAAUUUGGAUAAAAUUAAAUAAAAAGGACAUUUAUAGCAAAAUGGAGAGUAGUUAUUAAGAGUACAAGUAGAUGGGAUAUUUCGAAUACACAGGGCCAAGGCAGGGCCUACGUUGAACACCCAGGAAAUCCUAUAUUCAAAGAGCAACGAAGACAUCAUCAACUUGAAUUGAAUUCUGACUUUAUUCAUAUUCUACUUGCCACAAUGGAUUCUGACAUACCCUCGCCAAACCAAGAAAGUAAUGAAGAGAAAGCAGAAUUUCGCAAGCUUACGAAUGAAGCAACUAUCCGGAAGUAUAGGCGUUACUCCCCAGUUUCUGGAUCAUCAGCUGAAGAUGGGAGCCCAAAACGUGAUCACAUCUCUAGAGGAACUUCAAAAACUUCUUACCAUGAAAGAAGGAACUAUGAUAAAGGGGAUGACAUGUUCUCCGGUCGAAGCCAGCGGGGUCACAACAGUGAUUCUUAUGGACUUUCCUCCAAUGAUAAUCGGCAUGAUGACAGCUCUAGAUGUGGAAAAUAUGCUAACGAAGAUGGAAGAAAUGCAAAACCAUCUGAUCGAUUAGGAAGAGAGUCUAGAGUUGGCACUGAUUCUGAUUCUAGAGAUAGAGAAAGUGACUACAAUAGGUCAAAAGAUCGCUACCGAGAUGGGGAGAAGUAUCCACAUCAGUGGUCUGAUAGAAGUAGAUAUGAUGGGAGGCACGGACAUAGGUAUGAUGACCGUGAUAGGUAUUCUAGGGAUAAAGAUCACUACCAAGAUGAGAGGAGGGAGUACAGGAGUUCAAGGGAUUACAGAGGUGAUCGGAAAACCUCAUAUGUAGAUUCGACGCGGCAUCGUGGUGAUUCCUAUGCAAAAAAGGAAAGUGGUGACAUGAAGGAAUUAGAUAGUUCAAAGUACAAGAGUAAAAAUGAGGGAGUUGACAUACUUGAAGAUAGGCAUGGCAGAGGAGGAGGAGGAAGAUCAGAUGAUAAGUCUGCUUUGGAGAGUGAAGACGUUGCUUCAAAAAGGCCCAAGUUCAGCUAUGGCAGUGAUAACAGAAAAGAAGAAAAUCAAAAUUUAGUUCUAAAGAAAGUUGAAGAUCUUGCACCUAAAGUGUCGUCUGAACGAGGCCCUAUUUCUGGUGCUGAUUUGUCUACAAGUGUGGAUGCUGCUAAAGUUGCGGCUAUCAGAGCUGCUCAAUUAGUUAAUCAGAACCUUACGAGUACAGGUUUCAUGACCGCUGAUCAGAAGAAGAAGCUGCUAUGGGGAAAUAAAAAGAGCACUACUUCCGAAGAGUCUAGCCACCGCUGGGAUACAUCUCUUUUUUCUGAUCGUGAGCGACAAGAGAAGUUUAACAAACUCAUGAGUCUGAGGUUGCCUUGGUACAUAUGGCCAAUUGUAGGGCGUGAAGGGCGAGGUGAAGGUGGACCCAAAACCUCCGAGCAGUCAAGAUGCCGAGAAACAGAGAGAACUUCAGCUGGAUCUGGAGAAGCAGUACACUGCUGGGCUCCGAAGAAGAGAUGGUCGCACUGUAGGGUUAGGUUUGUAAGAUUUUAUCCAAGCAGUUUCCUUGCACACUAUACAUUAAUAUCACAUUGUCUUAUUUGUAUUUUCUGUAUGAGAAUUUUGGUGGGAGUAGAGUCAUACACUAUUAAGGAAUUGAAAAAUUCUAGGCUUGCUCUUAGCUUUUGUGCAUUGCUAUCUUCUGCUGAUUGGCUGUCAGGUUUGUAUGUGUCGUGCUUUUCAGAUUUGAGGCACAUAAGGUCGUUUGUUUAGAACCCGAAGUUGAGGGUAUUGCAUGUUUUCGUGUAAGUACAUGGGGUUUUGACAAUUCUACCAGAUGCUUAAUACUUAACGAAAAUAAUAAUUUUAUGCAAACUUGAACUAA